AUGACCGAAGAAAAGAUGCCGCUCAUGCUCGAAAACGGCAUGAAUGGGGCCAUGCAGGUCGACCAGCUCGACGUCGACGACCUCUUUGGCGACGGCGUUGGCGGCCUGUCUCUUCAUACGGCCCGCCCUCCAACGAAACAACUGCGCCAAAGGAUCGAUGAGCUGCGCACCCGCGGCUGUUGCCAAUCCGGCGCAAUAGCCUCAGUUUCACCAGACGGAAAGACACUGGAAGCCAGGUUCCUGCGUUCUCAUCCUGACAAUGGCGACUGGGGUCUCAGUGAGCCUACAAAAGUUGAUCUCAUCAGCAUCAAUCCUUCAAGCCCCAUAAUACACCUCGCCUGGGCCUCAACAGCAAGCCCUGAACUAGCCGUCAUCGACGCGACUGGCCGAGUUGCCAUUCUGACCUAUUCCAUCACUCUGAACCGGCCCUUCGCAACACGGAAAUGGGAUCAUGACCCUUCCGACGACCUCCAUGCCAUUGUCGGAAGCUACUGGCUACCACUUGCUCCUCAAAGCAAACAGAGAGUAGGCUACCUGUGGAUUGCCCUGGCCACCACCAACAAGCAAAUACGAGUAGUGAAAGUUGGCAUUCAUUGGGGACUGCCGCAAUCUCAAUCCGAUACCAAGCCACCGCCAGGCAGCCAAGCUCUUAACCCUACCUUGCACGAGAAGCACGUCGCCAUCUCUACCUGGCUACCCAGCGGUCCAUCCACGACACCGGUAGACUCAGCCGCGACGCAACUGACACACUUGGAGAUUUUACCGUCGGUCAUGGACCCCAAUGGCCAGGGAGCUCCUCUCGUCAUCCUCGCAGUUCGUACUUACGUGCCAACACCCAAUACCCCAUAUCAGGAAACGCAAAGUAUCAUCGACAAGUGGGAGGUUCCUAGCGAUCAGCCUCAAAGUCUUCAUCCUGCCUUUGAGCAGCUUGGAAGUCGCAGGAAUAGUACAGGAACGGCUCCAGCUUGCGACCCCGUAGUCAUCAACAAGGCCGUGAUUGGUCUUCAUACCAUCCAGUACGGCAACGUCGUCUGCUUGGCCUUCAGUGAUGGCUCGGUGGAAUACCGCGAUAGGUAUACUCUACAGGAAGUCUACAAUGAGAUGAAUCUCGACAGAGUCAUGACAUUGGGUCAAGUGGGGUUCACCUUGCAGGAUGAUUCACCAUGCUUACAAAUGGCCUUCUCUCCGACCAAUUGUUCUGUAGUCAAGGUUCAAGACGACGGCAAGGUCAAGUGGAGUAGACUUCACCAUCCUCUGGGAGACAUAGGAAACUCUAACCAAGAUGCACCGUAUGCGGCCACCUUGGCAGCUCUGACUGUGGCGGCGUCGACGGCGACGUUCAAUAACAUCAACUACGACGACAUACUGGCCGUCGCUCGACCCUUUGCGAAUAAGAAGCGUGCGUUGUUUCCCGUCGCCGUUCCGAAUCCCUCACUAACACUUUCAGGCUUCACGUUUGACUGGAUCAAUGAGAUCGUACGGAUGCUAAAGGUCCCGGUAGACUACUCAGAAGACACCCACCACGACAGUCUUGUACGGAACAGUUCGCUACAAAUGUGCCUGAGCAUCCUCAACCACCUCGGAUACAAGGGUAUGUUCCAGCCCCGGACCUUUGGCGGCAAGUUCGCCAUGCUGGCCCUCAACGCACGCAACGUCGUCAUCCUCAUCACGAUCGCGAGCAAUACUCCCGUCAACAUCCGCGAGAAGCUCAGCCCGCUCGACGAGCACGAGGUCGUCGACGCCCUCGCGGGCUGCGCAAAGUGGUCCCUCGACCUACUUGCCUGGCUCACCGACUCGCUCUUCGCCCUCCUCGACGACCCUCAGUUCCUCGCCCUCCUCACCCCGCAGCGCUUCUCCGAGAUGAGCGCCUACCUGCAGUCCCGCUCUGACGUCUCCCUCCACCUCCUCCUGUGCUCCUCCACCCGCGGCUUCCUCUCCGCCGUCUGCCGCCGCAUCCUCCACCUCGAGAUCCUCUCCAACCGCGCCAUCGAGUUCUACGAGCGCCGCGCCGCGAUGCAGAAUGCCACGGACCCGUCCUCCCAGGCAAAGGGCCUCCACGUCGUCCUCUAUAAGGCCUACCAGAAGAUGCAGCGCGUCACCUCGAGCAGCCUGAUUAAAGUGCAGGAGUUCGACCGCCUCCUGACAGUCCUCAACAACGACAUUCGCACCGCGUACCAGACCUCCCUCGCCUCCCUCGCGAGCAAGAACCCGCCCGGCGCCGGCGCAGCCGCGCAAAAGGCCGUCGACGCGCAGAUCAAGACCGCCCAGAUGCACUGCGAGCUCAACAUGCUCCUCGCGUCGUCGCCGCCGCCCGCCUUCCUCGGCGUGCUGCUCAAGUUCUUCAACACGGACCUCCGGGCCUACCGCGGCCUGGCCGACCCGUCCAAGCUCUUCUUUGCAGACUACGACCUCCUCGAGGUGGACGACGAUCGCCGGACGCUGGCGGCGCGCAAGGCCAAGAGCCGGUUCAUUGACGUGUUCAAACGCGUUGAGCUGGUCGGCCCGCCUCCCAGUUCUCGUGGUGGAGGCGGCGGCGGCAGUGGUGCCGCUGGUGGCAGCAACAGCAACAGCGCCAGCGGCGGUAAGGAAGCCGAGGAAGCCAAGACGGCGCAGUGGAGGCGCUGCGUGCGGUGCUCGGCCGUCAUGGAGGACGUCUUUGGCUCGCGGCCGGGCUUCACCUUUGUGUUGGCGCAGCAGAGGAAGUGUUCCUGCGGCGGUCACUGGGGGCUUUUGCCUAGGGGGUCUCUCAUCGGUUAG